GUCCAACGGGUGUCGUUGAGCGAGUGAGGGUAGAUACAUACCACACCGCUAUUUUGAGCCGCACCAACAGGACUGAAGUUGAAUAUCUUCUGGAGAUCUCCAAGUGAAGCGCAUUCUGAGGACCGACCCAAGAAAAGAUAGGCGUUCAGCAAAAGACCGCAUAUUUCUUUAGACCACUCCUUCAACUACCACAUCUCUCUCUGAGGCGUCAUUGCAUUUUUCCCAGGAUUCCACACUCCAAAUUCUGAGAUAUUGGACUCGGUGUGGUGUAAAUAUGUGCCUUCCCGUCGCUUGGUUACAACCAGUGUAGCAAGCAAGGAAGGGGCGCCGCAGUAGGCGGGACUCCGUCUUCUGGCUCACAUAAACGAAACCUGUGACGUCUCAAGAGGGAUACCGUAACAGAAGCUGCACGAACACUACAGCGUAGCACUUGGAAUGUGUGGUUUAUAAAAGUGUAGAAGUCCGGAUAUUCCUUCGUCAAGGGCAGUUUGCCUACAUUCACACUUCAGAUCAGUGUCCCAGUAUCCAAAACCAGAACAGCAGUUCAAGACCACCUUACCAAAGACACCGUACUUCAACAUGACUUUGAUAAAAAGCGAAGAGCAAACCACAUCGUCAACCGGCCCAACAAUCACCCCUCUUUCAUCCUACCCAGCCAUGCUCCGUCUUGACGAGGACGAGGAGGAUGCUUCGUACGGGCUUUCCUCUGAGAAAGGCCCCUCUGGCAGCUACGUUGCUGCGUAUCCGGAAUCUGACAACAGAUUGGCGACGGGCAAGACCAACCAAGAGAAUCUCAGCCAUGUUGGCGCUCGCUUCAUGUCGAUAACGGGAACAAGGCGGGAUGAUGCCGCUAGUCGGACAGAACUGGACAAGGAGACGAAGAAAAUCAAGGACACGUGCUUGGUUUCAGUUCGAGAUGAACUAGGCCGAAGUUUGACUUGUGAUAGCACUUUCUGGUGCGAGCGGUGCGCCAUCAAGGUCAACAGUAAUCUAGGGUCGUCUACUCCUCGUGCAAUUCCCGAGACCAAGGUGCUCGAGAUUCUUUUAUGA